GUAGCAUGCUUGAUUUUGUUACCCUAAAACCGGUCUGGGCACCAGACUGUCAGAGACGUGCGCUCCACUUUGCUCGCAUCAUUCUGUCCGGUGAGAUAUGUGGCCGUGUGUGGCUGCUCCUUUAUCUCAAAUCCACCCACGUCCCGGUCUCACUACUCCGGUGUCCACUCAGGAUGGAUCAGAGGAGAGUUGAACCGAACCAAAACACCAGUACCAACCUGGUCACGCUGUACGGGGAAUUUACGGUCACCGGCAUCCGAAAAGUUAGGUGUGCUGUGAGCCUGACCGAUAAGGACCUCAUUGUCCAGAGGCUCACAUCGGCACCUGCCGAGCGGAACAGGCUGGUGUUCAGUUUGAAGGACUGCGUUGGCUGCCGGGCUUACCGGGCGAAUGACAGCUCGGACCCGGCAGCGUACUUAGCAGUUUACUUCUACCUGCAGAAACGGCGCUGGGUGAGUUCCGGGGUGUCGCGGCAAAGAGUGGAGCGGUGCUUUCGCCUCUCUGCGCUCCAGGACCCGUGCGCUAACCAGGAGGAGGCGGAGAAGUGGGCUCGCGCUGUCCGAGAACGCUCUGCACAGCAACACCAUCUUAGAGACGGGAUGCUGAUGAGUGAGUUGUCUCGUCCAUUUCGGAUGAUGCUGAUGGUGAAUCCACAGAGUGGGAAAGAAAAGGCGCUCGCCCUGUACAACCACCACAUCCAGCGGAUGCUAAAUGAGGCCAACAUCUCACACACACUGGUUAUUACUGAGCGACAGAACCACGCUCGGGAGCUGGUGAGAGAGGCCGACCUGUCACAGUGGGAUGCGUUAGUCAUCUUGUCAGGAGAUGGACUCCUCUUUGAGGUGAUAAAUGGUCUGCUGGAGAGACCAGACUGGGAGGAAGCCAUCCGUACCCCACUGGGUAUCCUUCCUGGUGGAUCAGGCAACGCCUUGGCUGCAUCCAUACACCACUACUCUGGAGCCUCACCGGUCUUCAGUGAGAAGCUCCUGGUCAGCUGUGGUUUCCUGCUCUGUAAAGGACUGGUGUCCCCGAUGGAUCUGGUCUCCAUCCAUCUCUCCUCCAGCCCUCGUGUCUUCUCCUUCCUGUCACUGGCCUGGGGCUUCAUAGCGGACGUUGACAUAGAGAGCGAGAAGUAUUGGGUGGUGGUGCAGGAGGAAGACUUUGUCCUCGUGCUGGCAUUGUACCAGUCCCACCUGGCAGAGGACCUGCUGGCAGCACCAGACGCUGCCUUGAAUGAUGGUAUCAUCCAUCUUUUCUACAUUAGAGCAGGUAUAUCACGCGUUGCAUUGCUGAGGCUGUUGUUGGCUAUGGAGAAGGGCGCACAUCUAGCUACCAGCUGCCAACAUCUGGUGCACACUAAGGUGCAGGCACUGAGGCUGGAACCAUAUUCACCCAAAGGGAUAAUGACAGUGGACGGAGAAGUGGUGGAAUAUGGGCCGGUGCAGGCAGAGGUGCACAGAGGCCUGGCGAGAUUAAUCAGUGGCUGAACAGAACAAACACAAAUGUUUAGCAUUUCAAACCAGAAAUGGAUGGAUGGAGCAAAGCAAUGGAUGUAGAACUUUUCUACUGCAAUGUCUCUCUGUGGCACAUAGAAGAUCUGUUUCCUCAGAAAACUGUUAUGGCGAAUACAUGCCAUGUACGGAGACUCGGUGUCCAAUAUGAAAUAAACAAGGAGAUAUGAAAUAUGUAAUCAUGGGAAUAAAUACAAACAAAACAUUUUAUUUUUCACAAUAGCUGCAUUUAUUGCAGGUAUCUUUUAUUUCAAAAUGUAAUUUUUCCAGAGUUUGACAUGAACACAAUUUACAGCCAGGACUUUAUGAGAAAUCAUGAAAUAAGAUCUGUUCUUAUGGUUAAAAUGUUAAGUCCAGGGGCUCCUUUAUUUGCCAUGAAAAGAGAAUUAAAAUAUCUAUAGGCACUGAGAAACAAGAACAGACUUUAGAAAAAGGGAAUUUUUAAAUAAGAAACUCCUGGAAAUAUAGAAACAAUUUCAGAACAAUGAGCUGUGAUUUUAAAUUGUAUUGAUUUAUUUCUCUGUUAUUGAAACACUGUGGGGUCUCCAUAGCUGAAUGUACUGUAGUAGAGAAUGGCAGCAUCACUUUACACACUCCUCUUCUUUUUGCUGAAGCUGACACGUCAGACUGAAUUACUGCAGCUUAUGCAACAGCAAAUGAUUCGAUUUAUGCUUUUGCACCUCCUCUGCAGUACGAUGGAGACAGCAUGUGUGUGUGUGUGUGAGAUGCAGUAAAUGUGAAGUAGUGGGGAUGUCAGCGUGGGGUUGUCGUUGCUGCGGUGGUGAUCAGGCUUUGCGGCUCUUUGUUGAACUCAGAGCCUCAAACACUUAGUUUAGGCCAAAGUGUCGAACUUGAACUGCAGAGGGGACAGCAGGUGGAGUCCGGGACGAUGUCGUUCAGUCACACUGCUGAAGUUCACCAGGAUUGUUUUGCCUGCCUGAUUUCUGAUCAGAUCCUCUCAUGUGUUUUGUGAGCUGCUUUGUGUCACGCUGAGCACCAGAGCUGCAGGCAGUGUCAGAUUUGUUGCCUUAAAGUCUCAGUCGCUUCACCCUGAUUGCCUAAACCAACCACAUUACCUUAACAAGAUUCAUAUACGUACUGUAAACCUAGUCCUGAUAUCUUCUGCUUUUAAAAUUAGAUUUCCUUCUGCUGUAACCUCCCUCCUAACAUCCCUAGAUACCACUCUUCUUCUUCUACUCUUUCUCCUGCUUUCGCCCAGUACUGCGGUAUUCUGCAGAGUAGUCCCAGGCCUGUGUGUCUGGCCACAGCCGCUUUCACCUAGGUGGGUUUACCAUUGAGCUUUAAGAGAGAAAAUGAUGACUGAGGUUUCUAACCUACACAGGCAGCGGGGUCAGGUUUUCUUUUUUUGUUGUUAUUUAUGUUUGUGAUUCAGGUCAAACAAGUUUAGAAUUAAAUGAGGUAUGUUUGAUUUAAUCUCCAAAAAUCUGAAUUGGACACAGAGAGGCUGAAAAUCUGCUUUUCUGUUUCAGUCCAGCCUGAGUCCAAGUGAACUGGCCACUGGGUAACCUUAAACAAUAGGUUUGGGGGUUGAAUCUGGUUAAAACAGCACAAUGAUGAGUGAAGAGAGGGAGGGAGGGAAGCGAAGAGAGGAGGAGGAGGGGGAGAUAUCGACUUGUUAAAUGCUGCAUGAGGUAGGCGUUGUUGUGUUCCUGACAGAGUGUUCUCCUGCUCGCCACAACAAAUCAUCUGGGAGCAUUAGCAAACUGGCCACACUCUCUCUCUGUGUGUGUGUGUGUGUGUGUGCACAUAUGUGGGGUGGGGUGGAGGGGGCAUAUAUAGAAACAGUAAUUUUAAAAGUAGGAAGCCUGACGCCAUUGUGUGGUUCUAGGGUGGAAAAAGUGGCAUUUAACCGUUGCCUGUCACUGUUAUUAGGAAGAAAGGUCAGACUGUGAAGGCCUGAUGUGACUACAGGGCCACAGUGAAAACACAUUCUCAUGUUUUGUGCUUUUAUCAACAUGACUGCGUUUGGCACUUUAUAGACCUGAAUUCUUAUAAGAAGACGUUUUCUUCCAGUACUGUCUCAAAGCCUUCAUGUGGCAUCAAGGUCAAUUUAUUAUUUAACUUAUCCGCAGGCGCUUGUUUCAAAGGACUCUGCUGAAGGUGGCCAAGCACAUAAGAUGAAAAUGGUACUUGAAAUCAUGUGUGAUAUUCUUUUCCUUUGCUGUCGUUUUAUGGGACAAAUGUGGUGUGUAGCAGCACAACCUGAGAUGUUUCCUGCUAAGAGUGUCACAUUUGGAAAAAUAUAGGGGCCUUACAAAGUGGAGAAAUAACCAUGAAUUUGUGUAGCUACAGUUUUUUUUUCCAAGUUGGGAACCACAGAGCUAACAUAAAUCACAAUUAGCUGUGUGUGUGUUUUUUUAUUUUAUUUUAUUUUUUUUUACACCAGAGAGCUACAGCCCACUUUCAUCUGUUUAUUUUUUUUUCUAAAUAUGCAAAGUCAGAUUUCUUGUGAGCAGCACUGUGGUCCCUGUGACUGCUUGAUGUGCCUUGACUGUGCUGCCUCCUGGUGGUCAGAACACAGAGAUGCAGUCACUCAUCUGCCAUUUGCUACUGGCUGAAUUUGAAAUGCUCAUUAGUGUUUCCACGCCAUUUUGUCAAACUAUGCUGUGCUCUAAAGACAAAACUUAGGAUUCACUAAAAAACAUCUAUCCUCAUGUCAGAGAGAUGAACCUGCAGACCAACUUGUUAAAUGACCUCAUCACAUUUUCAGCCUCUAUUCAUGAUGAAGAACUUGGAGCGACAUUUCAACGUCUCUCUGUCGGCCAGUGCACCUGAAAACCUGAGGGUCGGCCGGGUAUGUUGUUCCUCUGUAAGCAGCCUGACGACUGAUGAAACUAUCUCACUUUGUCUGAAUGUUUGCAUCUUUACCUACUGCCUCUAAACUGUUGUCUUGUGUGCUUAGAUGUUUAUGGUGAAGAGAAAAUAGCUAAAAUUGUUUUCUUGCACACUGAAUAUUGAGUGAUUGAUUCAAAUAGAGAUCUAUUUAUCUAUCCGUUUCCAUUUAGACAAGUGUCUAUAAUUUUUCUAUGAUUAAAUUGAACAUUCUGCUUAAGUGUUUUUUGACUGAAAAAUAAAAUAAACAACCAACAACCAGUCUGAUUUGCUUUGUGAAGCUUUGGCUGCAUCUGUUUUCAGAACACUUGGGGAAAGUACUCGCUGUUGCUGGUUUGAAACAGUCAAGUAGAUAUUAUCCUUGAUACAUUAUGAUCAUUUUGGGAAAAAGGCAUAAUUGUAUAGUGCUUUUUUUUCUGCACAGAAGCAUACGCAAAGUGCUUUAACGCUAUUUGCCCAUUCAGCAUUUCGCUCGUCCACAUUUAUCCGCCGACCCUACGGUUAGAGAACAGCUCACCAAACUCCCGAGCCACAGCUGCCCUUUGGCACAGACAAGUAAAAGCUCCUCUGACUCCUACAGUACCAAACAGCAAGAUCCCCCCAACUUUUCACACAAGCAGAGCUGCAUUAUUUGUAGUUUUGUCUUUUUCAGCAACAUUUUGCAGGUUAACUUUAAAUCUCUGCUGCUGCUGGUUCAAAUCUACACCCAAACUUCAGUAUCUUAUAAAGGCUUCAGAUAAGCUGUCCAAAGCACCCCGCCACACUAGAUCUACACAAAAGUCAAUGCCUGCCCCAGUGUUUGGGACACAGACCCAUCAUUUAUCCAUUUACUUCUGUACUCCACAGUUUCAAACUUGUAAUUAAAUAAUUACAUGUGGUUAAAAUGUAUUUUAUACAUUUUGGUUUAACCAUGUAGAAAUUACACAAGUGUUUAUAUAUAGUUUUAUUACCAAUCUGAAAACUGGAGCACAGAAGCAAAUGGAUAAAUGAUGGGUCUCUAUCCCAAACAUUAUGAAGAGCACUGUAUUACAAGAAACCUGGGAUACAGGUUAUGUUUCCUUAAAGCAGAGCUGUUCUCCCAAUAGACCUAAUUAUUGGCGUUACUUAAUACCAUGUGACCUGUAAUUAUGGGUGGGGUUGUGAUUUCCUGUGUGCCUACAUAAUUAUUUGCCUGAUGAAGCCCGUGUUUGUUGAAAUGUAACAUUACCUAAUUUAUUCUUCUAGCAUUUUUGUUCAGUGUGUAGACAAUUUUUUACCCAAUAAAACUAUAACACCAGGCUUCCUUUUGAUGAAAAGCUGCAGUCGAUACAACCAGUAGAUUAAAAAAGCCACAGUGUUUCUAUGGUACUGCUCGCAAAGUUUAAUACAUCACUAUACAGUUGUUUUAACACAACAAAAGGUAAACCAUUAAAAAAUUAACUCAUAAGUACAAGACACACUCAGCAUUUUGUACAUUUCUGCCCCAAGCAUCCACGUGACUUGUUAGAACUCAGGACGUUCUUAAAUAAAUACUGUAUGUAGCGACAUAUUUCACUAUAGUAGUGAUGUCUGUACAGAGGGAAUCAGGCUACAAAUCAUAACUUUAUUAGUUCUGUUUUAUAUAUCAAUAACAGGCCACUGUGGAGAUGUAGACAUCAUACAGUCAAGUCUUGUGUGUCGCCCAUUCAAAAGGCUUAAAGCAACAUGUUACAUGCUUUGGCUGUUAAACAAACUUCUCGCAUUAAUAAUAUUAUUGAUGGUUUAAAUCUGAAUAAUAUACACACAUACACAGAAAUUGUACAUAGCAUAAUGUGCUUGAUAUCCUGCUAGAUUUUCCCUUUGAGAUCUAACGACGUCGCUUCACAUUUUCUGUUUCUGUGACUGAUUACAAAUGCGAGAGACGGAGCAAUAAUGGUGCCUCUGAAUUCUUGGUUGAGCUGUGUGUGUCUAUGUGUGUGUUUUUGACCUUUCCAAAACGCUGUAGCCACAGCUCUUAUCUGAACUCUGACCAUUAAAGACACAUUCCUCCAAGAACUGUGACGGUGACAUUUUACAGACAGCGUGCGGGGAAACAGCAAGUCAAGAAAGCAGGCAGCGUUACAGCUACAGCAGCCAGUGAAGAAGACCACACAUCCUCCUCUGUAGUGUUGAAGGCAGCGAAAUGACGGCGAAGUAAAACCCAGGAAGAGGACAAAAUGUCACAGGAGCCUGGUUGCCACAUCUGAUACAUGAAAACAAAUUUAGAGAAAAAACAGGGAAGACAAAGCAAAACCGAAUGACUCUCAUUCAUGACCUUGUCUUCCCCUUAAGUCUCUGCCACUCUUGGCCCAUUGUAUCAAUUGCACAGUGUGCACUCUCAUCCAGAAAUACUCUUCAGUAUCAUGGUUCGCUGUUCAAGUACAAUAACAGCCAACCAGCACUCUGCCGUUUACUUCAGAUCACUGCAAACACAAGGGUUUGUCUGCCCUGUGUGAUAAUCAGAAUUACAAGUACAAUAAGAAGAAAAAGACCAUGAUGUUAGAGGUGGGAUGCAGCCAUUUAAAAAGAUGUAAACAAAGACUUCCCCAGGAAGCACGGAUGGACCCAAAGGUGAGUUUCACUUGCCAUCCUAGUGAAUUACAGCUCAAUCUGUGGCGAAGCAGGAUUGUUGUGGUCACUUGGUCAAUAAAACCCAGACUGUUUUCAUCCAGAGUCAAAAUAUGCAAUGUACAAAAAAAAAAA